UGCACCGAUGUGCACGUGCGAGUAUAUUGUUAAAUUGGUAUAUUAAUUCAUGAUCGGGGCCACUCCUAAGAAUUUUUUGUUGAAAUUGUUGAAAAAAUAACAAAUCUGUUCUUUGAAAAAUGUCGGAUCUAUCGGAAUCUGAAUCAGAGUACAAUUCUUCAGACGAAGAGCUUCAAGAAGCUUUUGCCAAAGGGUUGUUGAAGCCAGGAUUGAAUAUUGUUGAAGAGAAAAAAAGAGAGUACAAAAACAAUGUUCGUGGCUUAAAUCAAAUAUUAAAAGACUUCACAGUUAAGCUACCAUGGAUAGAAAAAUUAAUAUUAACAAAUACUCCAGCACCAUUAGCUCCAGAAUUAGCUUUACAAAUGAUAGAACAAACAGAUCGUAGAGCCCGGCAACUCCAAGGAAAUAAGAAAUUGCCUCAGUUUACUCCAACUGAUGAUCCAGUUUUAAACGAUUUUAAACGAGAGACCAUGUUUCAUAGACAGGCACAAAGUGCAGUUAUUGAAGGUAUUGCUAGGCUUAAGGCACUCAAUAUUUCCACUAAAAGGCCAGAUGAUUACUACGCUGAAAUGGCUAAAUCAGACGCGCAUAUGACGAAAGUUAAAGAAAAUUUGCAAAAGAAACAAGUAGAAGCUCAAAGAACAGAAAAGAUUAGGCAAUUGAGACAACAGCGUAAGAUUUCAAAACAAAUGCAAGUAGAGGCUACCUUGAAGAAACACGCUGAAAAGAGAAAACUGAUGGAAGAAGUGAAAAAGUAUCGUAAAGGUAUCAGAAAAGAUUUAGAUUUCUUAGAUGAUAAGAAAAAACUAAUGCCCAAAGGUAAAGAUGGAAAGUUUAUGAACAAGAAAGCUGUAGAUAAAAGAAAUACUAAAAAUUCCAAGUUUGGAUUUGGUGGUAAAAAGAGAGGGUCAAAGAAAAACACAAAAGACAGUUCAGCAGACGUUUCAGACUAUAGAAGACCAAAUAAACCUGGGAGGUCAGGUAAGUCAGGAAUGUUAGGUAAAGGAAAACCAAUGAAUAAAGGCCAUAAACAGAGACCUGGAAAAAAUAGACGAGUACAAAUGAAAUCUAAAAAAAAAUAAAAGUGAAAAUUGUGAUUAAUUGAAAAAAAUAGUGAUGAAUGGAGCAUAUAUAAAUAAAUACUUUAUUAAUAAUGCAUCUCUCGCGAGAUAAUUGUGUAAAUUUUAUCUUACAAUUGGACAAUAUAAAUAAAAGUAUCGAUAUAAAAA